AUGGGACGGGACCAACGAAUUGAACUGAAACUUUUGCAUGCCCGUAAAAGCGGAAUUUCGGAUAAACCAUUCAGCAAAUCGAAUUUCAGAGGAUAUACAAGUAGCAGGGCUCCAUCAAGACCAUCGAAAAAAUCAGCCAAAACACGUCCCCAAAAACGUUUUGAAGGCAAGAAAAGCAGUGACAUUAAUAACAAGGAUCAAAGGAAAAAAAGCCAACCGAAACAGAAUGGAAAUGACACUAGUACAGCGGAACUUGGACAAGAGGAUGACCAAGAAACAGAUGUAAAAAGUCCUAGCGGUAUUGAUGUGAAAGCAAGUGAUAGAAGCGCAGAAGAAUCUAGUCUUCAAGGAAAAAACAUGAAUAAAUCGAAAGAUAAUGACGACCACGGCUCUAGUGACAAAAAGAGUGCAGAAAAACGAGUGGGUCGUUUCCAAGCCGACACAAACUAUGCUGACAGUAAACCUGUCGACGAUGACAAUGAAAAUGACGAAAUGGAUUCAAAAUCAUACAAAGGCCCCAAAUCUGACGACGGCAGUGGGGAGAGGGAUUCAACAUCAGACAAAUCGACCGAGGAAGGUAACGACAGGGAUUCAUCAUCAGAGAAAAUGUCUAUUUCUGACAAUGAAAGUGGAAAUAAGGUUUCAGCUUCAGCAUCUGGCGAAGGCUUUAACUCUAACGAUAAAAGUGAAGAAAAGGGCUCAACUUCAGACGAAAGCUCUAAAUCAGACAAUGCAAGUGGAGAGAAUAGUUCAACUUCAGGCGGAGGAUCCCAAUCUGCCAAUAAAAGCAGAAAGAGUGGUUCAACUGCUGAGAAAGGAUCUAAAUCAGGCAGUGAGAGCGGAGAAGGGUCAGAAUCAGACGAAGGCUCUAAAUCUGGUGAUGAAAGUGGAGACAAUGGUUUAUCAUCAGACGAUAGUUCUAACUCUGACGAUGACAGUGGGGAAAAGAGUCCAACUUCAAGUGGAGGUUCCCAAUCUGACAAUGAAAGUAGAGAAAGUGGUUCUACAUCAAAGAAAGGAUCUAAAUCAGGCAGCGAAAGUGUAAAAGGGUCAGAAUCGUCAGAAUCAGACAAAAGUUCUGAAUCUGACGAUGAAAAGGAUGAUGUAUCGGAUGCUGAAAGCGGGGGAAGAAGUUCAACUUCGGACAAAAGCUCAAUAUCAAGCAGUGGAAGAGAAGGGUCAGAAUCAGACGAAAGCUCUAACUCUGACGAUGAAAGUGAUGAUGUGUCCGACGCUGAAAGCGGGGAAAAGAGUUCAACUUCGGACAAAAGCUCUGGAUCAAGCAGUGGAAGAGAAGGGUCAGAAUCAGACGAAAAUUCAAAAGCUAACGAGGAAAAUGAGGAAAAAGGUUCAACUUCUAAACCAGAAUCGGACAGAGUAGAUAGUACAGAACAGGAUUUUUCAUCAAAUGAAGGAACAAUGACUGACAAUGUUAGCACAGAAAGGAGUUCCACAGUAGACGAAGGAUCUGGAAAGAAUGAUAUAGAAAGCAGCUUUACAUCAGACGAAGACUUCAGGACGACAAAGGCCAGUGCACAAAAGGAUAAAACACCAGGUAACAAGGAUAACAGAGAAAAUGUUAAAAGAGUUUCUACAUCUAAAACGUCCUCUUGGGCUGACAAAGAAAGAGCGGGAAAACGCAAGCAAAUGCUUUUAGGUAUUGAUGAACGAUUGGCUGGAAUUGCAGAGAACAGGCCGCAACCAGACCUUACAAGAGGCAGAAACACUCGUAUUAAAAACCACGAACGUGGCAGAUUAAGCGCUAACCACAGAACACUAAGAUAUAAAGACAACAGGAAUAUCAAACCAAGGAAGAUGUUGACGAGCUUCAUGAAAACACUCCAGAAGUCGAGAUUGGACAUUAUGAAGGUUAUUCGAUUGCGUGAUGGAAAUUUCCAACGUGUUGUUGAUGGAAGCGGGGAAAACAUGGGAUACAGGAACGCAAGGGACCGUACAGGCGGGUUAGGUAUCUCCAGCACAGAGGAUAUAGGAUACGCCGGUUACUACAGGGACUAGGUAUCCCUUCGGAGAUGUCCCUGAAGAUCAAUCAAAAGGAGUGCUCUGUCUAUCGGAUUGUUACCCUCGAUCCGUGACGUCCAUUUCCCUAUGGCGUAUUUGCAAAUCAACAGCUACAAGGACUAUUUCUUUGUAAACAAAUACUCAAAGACAGUUUAUAAUCUAUAUCAUAUUCUAACACGAACUUUCGAUUGGUAAGUGACAUUUUCGGGUUCCAUUGUUUGUGUGUAAACAAUGGUUCUAAUUUUCGUGUUAUUUUUAAGAAUAAACACCGUCAGACAUA